AGUCUUAAUCCUACCUUCGCCAAACGAACACGCGCGUUCUUCGGUACUCACGAAACCGCAUGAGAUCGUUGCGAAAUCCCUUGGAGAAGAAAGAGUUAAAAAUGAAGGAAUGUCGAAAUAACAUGUUCAUCCAACUAGGCCUUAUUUGCAUCUUCGCGUUUAAUGUGGUCUGCGGUAAUCCACCAAUUGCAAAACCACCGAAUGGUACGUUAUAUGGAACAACAAUGCUCACCCGACUUGGAAGAAAUAUUUAUGCAUUUCUGGGAAUUCCCUAUGCUGCACCGCCACUCCAGAAACUCAGAUUCAAGCCACCGCAACCCCCGAUCGCUUGGAAUGGCACUCUACAUGCUACGACUAACGCCGAGAUAUGCAUGCAACGGAAUAUCUACGUCGAUCAGAAGGAAAUUGUCGGCAGCGAGGAUUGUCUUUACCUGAACGUUUACACGCCAUGCAUACAAUGCACCGAGGAACACUCGAAUUUUGAUCAUGAUCCGGAACGACAGCGGCAGAAGGUCUUCGCCCGAUUCCCAGUCAUGAUUUGGUUCCACGGUGGUGGAUGGCUUGCUGGUGCUGGCCACUCUGAAUAUUAUGGGCCCAAAUUUCUGCUGGACUUUGAUCUCGUCCUCGUCACCGUCAACUUCCGACUUGGACCUUUGGGUUUUAUGAGUACGGAGGACCUGGAAUGUCCAGGAAAUGUAGGAUUAAAGGAUCAGCAGCAAGCUAUGAAAUGGGUACACGAAAAUAUUGCUUACUUUGGUGGUGAUCCAAAUAGAGUGACUCUUUUCGGUGAAAGUGCCGGCGGUGCAAGUGUUCACUACCAUAUGGUCAGCCCCCUUUCAGUAGGACUUUUUCACCGCGGUAUUUCUCAGAGUGGCAACUUCUACAAUCCAUGGACUUUAACGUCACCAAGAAUUGCCAGAAUGAGAGCUAUGACUUUAGGUAAGCAUUUAGGAUGCAACACCGAGAAUUCCAAGGAUCUCAUUGAAUGCCUGCAAACGAAAAGCGCGGAAGAAAUCAUUGGUACCGACCAGCUUUUCAAGAAAUUUGGUUAUUGCCCAAUGAUACCAUUCCGACCGGUAAUCGAACCUGAGCAUUCAGGUGCCUUUUUGAUAGAGGAUCCCCUAAUUUCUGUACGAGAAGGCCGCCUCCUCGACGUACCCUGGAUGACAGGAAUCACUUCGGAAGAAGGAGCUUUAAGAGUAGCAGGUAUUUAUGGACGGGAACAAAAUGUGAAAGAAUUGGAGACUAAUUUUAACAAAAUUGUGCCUAUGAGUUUAUUAUAUGACGAAAGAUACAAUGUCACGAAUGAGGAUUUACGAAAUGAGAUAACUGCCACUAUUCGCAAUUUCUAUUUCGGCUACAAUGCUAUCGACUACACCGAAGAUUCCAGAUUCAAAGUCGUCGACAUGUACAGCGACUCAUGGUUUAAUCAUGGUACUCACGAAGCUGUGCAAGAUUUUAUUGUAAAUCAAACUUCACCAGUAUUUUAUUACUACUUUGCUUAUAAAGGAAGUGUAUCGUUCAGCACGAUAUUUGGCGAUCCAGUAAGAGAUUACGGAGUAUCGCACGCGGAUGAUUUACAGUAUUUGUUCCCCGUGGGUGAACAAUUGUUCCCAAACACGGCGUUGUCUGAAGAAGAUCAUAAAAUAAUCGAUGUCAUGACUUAUAUUUGGUACAAUUUUGCGAAUUCCGGAAAUCCUACACCAAAAGUUACUAAAGUGGUUCCAUUGAAGUGGAAGCCCGUAAAAACAAAUUCUGCACCGGAAUACUUGCGCAUAGAAAAUCCAAAGAAAAUUACAAUGGAUCACAGUCUUCUCUGGCAGAGAAUGAUAUUCUGGGAUUCUUUAACACGUAAAUUAAUGGACCAUGGAAAUACAUUUAGACAUUUGAAGGAUGAGUUGUAAUUUGUACUCUGCACGACUGCACAUAAGUCGAAGGCAAAGAUAUUAUAGUGUGAUAGAAGAAAUUUUAUAGCGUUGAAAUUUUA